GUGAGUUAACGGGUUUAAAAACAUGCUAGCUAGCUAACCCUGUUGGGGGAUCUUUGCAGUGAGUUUGUGCUGAAGUUCACAGCUUGAUAGUUGAUAGCAACGUGUGGGCAACUGCUUGGUUUUCAAUAGCGUCUUGUUUUUGUUCUGUUGCCCAGUUUCUAUCACUUUAAAGUGGCGUUAUUAUCUUAGUUAGCUUGUUGUGUUUGGUCGGCCAACAUCAGUGUUCAUGCUUGAGUCAAUGCUAACCUGCUAAAAACACAGAUCCACUUAUAUUCUGUUUAACCAUAAGGUGAACGGAUCACUGGCAAUGUCUCCAUGUUGUCAGGCCGCUGCUAAAAUCAGCUCUGGAAAGAGAUCAUCCCUGUUUGGGCUGGUUGGUGAGAUCAGAGGUCAGAACUGGACGUGAAGCAGCAGCUCACAGUCCCUCAGGUCCUGCAUUCAGUCUCUGACACUGAUGACAGCUGAGUGUGGUUGCUGUUGGGGACCAGAUAAGGUCUUUGGCAGUUUGGGUAGCCAUGAAGCAACGGACAGGUUUGAUUUUAUUUAUAGACCUCUUUCCCCACCCUGGUCCUAAAUAGAACAUGGUUGUGGUGAUGAAGGCUUAAAAGCCAAUUGGCCUUAGUGUGUGAUUCAGCCACAGUUUGUUGUUGUCAGCUGUUCACUCUGAAGAUAGAUGGAAAAACUGGGAUUGAGAGGAACGUUUAAAGUUGAGCUCCCUGUUGACGAGAAACCAAUGAGACACCAUCCUCACAACUUUGUGACUGUCCAAUGGCGUCUCUGUGCCAGAGCCAGCAGCGCUGUGUUAAGGCCUCAAUUGUCUCCAGCUGGAGACUGGCUGAGGCGCAGGAACAGCUAUGUUCUCUAGGGGUCCACAGCUCCGAGUCCCUGGAGCAGGAGCGUGCUCGGACCCUGGCCUGUCCCACAGAGCUCACACACACGGAGGAGGAGUGGCGCCGCAAGGAGAGCAUGCUGGGAGGUCAAGAACCAAACCGCAGUCCUGUGCUCGGAGCUGUCGGAAGUUGGGAUGUCUUUGAUAAGAGUAUAAUUAAUGCCCAAAUUCAGCCUGUUGAAAUGGACCAGGACAAAUGCAAUACGUUUCUCCAAACGUAUGAGAAUGAGCUCCGGCAUUUUGGUAUGUUGAGGAGAUGGGACGACAGUCAGCGAUUCCUUGCACACAUGCCUCAGCUCAUCUGUGAGGAAACAGCCAACUACUUAAUACUGUGGUGCAUGAGACUACAGCACGAAGGGAAGGAAGCGCUGAUGGAGCAGGUGGCGCACCAAGCUGUCGUCAUGCAGUUCAUCCUGGAGAUGGCCCUGAACUCUCAGCAGGAUCCCAGAGGCUGCUUCAGGCAGUUCUUCCACAAAGCCAAAGAAGGACAAGAGGUUUACUUAGAAGUCUUCCAUACAGAGCUCGAUGCCUUCAAACACAGAGUUAAAGAAUAUGCAGUGAAGUGUAGAGGUGAUACCCCCAACAACACUGAACUACAGAGCAGUGGCACAAACUGCAGACUUGACCCCAAAGACUCCUUGGACUCUCCAGUGGCAGAGUACCCUAUGAAGCGUUGUUUAAAGGCAGGGCUGUGGACAAGCGCAGGAAGGUGGACAAAGGACGACGCCACAGAAACAGAGGACAUACGCAUGAUGGAGACCUCCUAAUGAUUGACUCCAGCUUUUCUUCCAUCUCCAUCGUCUCCCUGUCCAGGAACAAGAGUUUUAAGCCCUCCUUCGACAGCAGAGCAGGCUCGUGAACAGCAAUACAGAGCAGGAGUUAACAGAGACAUGAUCAGUAUUUAAUUUUUCAGUGCAGAAAAUAAUGUUUUACUGAUGACAGGUUUUCUGUUAGCACAUCACAGGCGUCUGGCUAUUGGCUCAUGCAGUGUCUUUUGCCUGCUAAACGUAUGCGUUGCUCAAUAACAAUGGUUUUACAACCCUCUCAUUAUCUAGCUGGUUAUUGGCUGGACUGGCCACGGUCCAAUGCAUCAUCUGUGAGUGAGGGAUAGAAAUAAGUUUGUGAUCAAGUCACACCAUUGGUCGGCUGGCUGAGUUUUGGAAGUUUCCUCAUUGGCUGCUCCUGAGAAUUGUUUCUAUCAUUUAACACACUUUCUUUGUCAUAAAAGCAAGUAGUGACAAAUCUAGGCGACUUCUUGGUCAAACCACAGUUACUUGCCCCAGAAGAGAGCUGCCAGUGUUGACCUGUGGGUUGACCUGCAUCUGCUCUGUUCAGUGAGUGGCAGAGAGGAGCAGCACUUUUAUGCCCAGGCGGAGGGCGUGUGGUAUGUGAGAUAUAAAAGCUGCUUUUAAAGCUGCACUGCAACCCUGUACAUUACCCAGAGAAACUGAACGCAAAUGUCUGAAUCAGUCGAACCGGACGUUAAAACAAUUUUACUCGAUAGUACAAAGUCUGCGUAAUGCGUGACUGAGCCGAUGAGCAAACGGAUAAAGAACUGAAAGCAGCUGACACUUGGCAGAAUGCAAAUAUUACACGAUGACGUCAUGAUUUAAUUGGUGUUCCACAACAGUUUUCAACUACGUCCACAGUUUCACACAAGGUCCAACCAUCUCAUAGGUUCUGACCUAAUUUAGUUUUCACUUCUCCUGAAACAGAGAAACAUCCUCGUACAAUUUAAGUCCAGACAACAAAAAUAAAAUAAAACCAUUAAAGUCUUUCUCAGCAAAAUGUCCGAAGCAGAAGUUAGGUUAGUGGAUGUGUUGUUACAGGUGCUUAAAAUGAAACAUGGAAAGUUUGAGAGACUCUUGACUGCCAGAUGAAUGGAUUUGCCAUCAGUUACAAUCCAGAAAAUUGUAUUUGUAGAGUAUUUCAAACUAGAUUUGAAGUGAUAUAAAAAAAGUAAAAUAAUCAAACAUUACUCUAUCUGGUUAAGACUGGGCCUCACAUCUUAAGGAUUUGUUUUACACAAGACUUCUUUUUUUAAUUUUUAAAGUGGCUCACUACAGCUGGACUUGCUGACCUCAUGCUAAUCUGCAGUUUGAAUGUAUUUAAUGUCUGAAUCUCUGACAUGAACAGGCAGUAAAGAUGCUCCAGUUGUGGUUACCUGGAUGUUCCCUCCCCUGCCUUCUUCAACUUAAGAUACCAGAAUGAAGGUACAGUUGGUUAUAGAUCAACUCUUCUGGAGUCGUUCACAUUCACCCCGAAGGCUUUGGCUCGUUCAGGCUCACAACUGAUCUGCAUGUUAAGGAGUUGCACACAAUCUCAAAGGUCUCUCAGGCUCACAGUUGGAGGAGGAUCUAAAAUGCAGUAUGUGUGGGUGGCACAGGUCACUCGGUUAAAACAGAAGAUGGUAAUGUUUGGUGUAAAUGUUUUAGAGCAGCUACAUGUGAGUGUUUGUUGCUACAUAUCCAGUGUCAGAAUUAACAGCUGUUCACCGGCCAGUUUAGCAGAAACGCUGCAAAUUCAAACCUUCAAACUUGUUGGAACGGUGGAAAGCACCUAAAUGUUAGCAAUGUAUGUGUAUCACUACCUAGCUCUCACUGAAGUUAGCAUGCUAACCAGCUAGCUCAGGCCCAGCUGGCCUAUCUUCACAACUUUCCAACAGCGACUCUCUAGCGUCCAGUCUGUCCUGAAGAAGAAGUGCUAAAGCCCUUUACAAGCGCCCAUCACCACCACCCGCUUCCUGUAAGAAACUCUGUUCAGCGGCAGAGUAAACUCACAUAUUGCACCUUUAACUUUUACUUGGCUCUUGUCGUACGUUAUUUUGUCAACACCUGUUGCAGUUCCUUCUUUUUAGCCAGAAAAGUUACAAAGAGUAGCCCGACUUGUUGCUCAAAGUGAAGCAAGAGCACCAACGUUGAAUAAAAUAGAUGUUUUAUCUUACAACACAGCUUUUACCAAUUUUGAAGGGAGUUUGUCAGAAACGGUGUGGCCUUACAUGGUUUGCUCUGAACUCUUUGCUAAUUAGCAGUCUUUGUUUUAUUCAGAGUUUUAAUGUUUAAGGUUCUUCCUAGUGUUGUCUGGAGAGGCUUAAGAAGCUACUAAAGUGAAUCAGUAAUCCAACUUGAAGCUCGUUUACAUCUGCCAUUAAUGUGCAUCUGUGGCAUUCAGAUUUUAUUUAGAAAGUGUGUAGGUAACAUUUAAACGGUGUAUUUUUCACUCUAUAAACACAAUUGUAUUCCUACUGGGAACCAGAAUACAGCAUCACUUGCAAAUAAUUUAAGUUUUCAUUUAACAAACAACAGAAUUCAACUUUCGAUAUACAGUAUUUUAAAAGGGAUCGGUGUUGUGCACUUGACUGUUCUGACUCUUAUUGUUAUGUUUCCAUUUAUUUUAGCUGCUGGUUAUAAGGCAAAGACAAACACUACACUUAAGACAACAUUGCACACUAACCCUGUUAGAAGUGUGAAAGUUUAUGUUUGAUACAACAUGAUAACCCAGCAUUUAUUACAUGACAAGUUCAGAUUUUGAUGCACAUUAAUACAUAAUGUGACAGGAACGAGAUCAACCCAAUUUUAGUUGUAAGUGAUGAUAAAUGAUUCACAUCCAGGUACUAUCUGUGUGCCAGAGCCAUGGUAAUGGAAGGUGUAAAGAGAGCAAUACAUUUGUCACAUAAUUUAUCAAUUUAAUAAUUCUCCUUUGGAAUUAUUUUCCAUUCGGUUCAUCUUAUUUUGAUAUUUCUGCCGAGGCACAGGUGAUAUAAUUUAACCUUGACUACACUAGAUAAAGUACAAAACAUGCCAAAUUCUGUUUUAUUUUCCUAGGUCUGUGUGGGCUUUGUGUAUUUAUAUUUUCUGUGGUUCAGUUAUGUUCUAGAGUAAAACGUACUUAUAUUUUCUGUACCAGCUUGCUGUCUUUUACCCAGCAUCCGAAACAGAGUCGCAACCACAGUUGUACCAAGUGCUCUGUGCAGACUGUUGUCAGUGUGUGUGGUUUGAGUUGGAGUAUGAAGGGGAGGAAUAAAAGGGCUGUGUUCUCCACCGAGAAACCUUGACUAUAUAUUUGUGUGCAGAAGGAAGCUCUCUGCAUCUGAAUGUCCUGCACUUUAAAAAUUAGCAGUUUUUACUUUUGUCUUUUAUUUUUGUUGUGCUCCCAAUCAUCUAGAAUUGAAUCAGAAACUCUGAACGUCUUUUAUUUUACAAGUAAAGCUUUGACCAGCUUGUGGUUUGAAUUGUGUUAUUUUUGUUUAGUUUUAACUUGUGUUUUUACUGUCUUCUUUUUGUUCAGGGGAGCUUUUUCCACAUUCAUUAGGCUUCCAAGGAAGUGUCCCUUCAACAAUCCUGCUCUUAAUUUGAUAAGACAAAAUAACAAAUACAGUAAGAUUUUUACUAGACUGCGACAUUAGGAAUAACCUCCCAUGCAUUAAAGAACAAUUCAUCACAAGCUUCUGUGUGAUGCAUCGUUGAUUCUGCAGUGAAACAUGUGAAAAGCACCAUAAAUACUGUCAACGCAAACCGGUAACGUGAGCAGUGAUGUUAAAACCAUGUGCUGUAGUGGACUUUGAUGUUUUUGUUUCUUUCUAUAUGGUUCACAUUGACUUGUCAACUAUGCAAAACAACUGUUGGGCUUAAAGUGCUGUACUUAACCUGUGGCCAGUGUCUCUGGAGUCUUUCUACAGUAUAUCCUGUGUUUUUGACGUUAUCAGCACAAAGUGUAAAAUUGGUAUCUGUAUCUCUGUCAGUCAGCGCUAAGCUUUUAGGAAAAAUCUCGGUGUAACAUUUCUCCACUGACGGCAGGUGGCAGUGAGAUUUGGCUUCUUGUUCCACUGUAAGAAACUCAAAUAUAAAACCACCAGUGCUAAAUAUUCUUAUCUUGUUGUCAACUGCUACAGUUCUUUGUGGACCUGCUGCAAUAACAAUUCAAUGGAGCUGGCAUUUAAAACGUGAGGAAUUGAAACGGCUUUAUAACUUCAUGUCUCAACUGAUUGUCAAGUUGUAUCGUGGGUAAUGUAGGCUCCAGGUUUUGCUAAGAAAGAAAAAUGUGUGGAAUAAAUAAAUAUAUGGAUCUGUG